GCCGUAUUUCCUGAACAAAUCGCUGUGGAAGUACUGACGUGUUCACAUUCUGAGAGCUGCUCCACAAGAGGGAAGCCCGAGCGGAGUAACACAGAGGCAGCAGACAGAAUGUCAGAAGGGGACAGUACAGGAGAGUCCAUUCAUGGGAAGGCAUCUGUAAUCGGCAGCUUUUUCGGUGGCAUCGGGCAAGUUUAUCAGUCAUGGUUGGACAAGUCGACACCCUUCUCUGCCGUGCGAUGGGGAACCACCCUUCUGUUAACUGCUAUUUACAUGAUUAGAGUAUAUCUAUUACAGGGAUGGUACAUAGUUACGUACGCUCUGGGGAUUUACCAUCUGAACCUGUUCAUCGCUUUCCUGUCACCGAAAGUGGACCCGUCAUUACUGGAUGACAUGGACGAAGGGCCUACAUUACCCACAAAGCAAAACGAGGAGUUCCGGCCGUUCAUCCGGAGGCUGCCAGAGUUUAAGUUCUGGCAUUCUGCCACAAAGGGCAUUGUCAUUGCGAUGAUCUGCACCUUCUUCGAAGCCUUCAACGUGCCCGUGUUCUGGCCAAUACUAGUCAUGUACUUCAUCAUGCUGUUCUGCAUCACCAUGAAGAGACAGAUAAAGCAUAUGAUCAAGUACAGAUAUAUACCCUUCACACAUGGGAAGAGGACCUACAAAGGGAAGGAUGACACGGGGAAGACUUUUGCAAGUUAAAACAUGCCCAUUUAAAUUUAAUGUCAUCAAAAAUUAGUGGGUUAGGAAGGGUAUGAGUUGGGGUGGGGGAUUGGUUUAAAAAAAGAAAAAGAAAUUUGUUAUGAGCCAUUGUAACAGUGCAGGGUUGGAGGUGGGCAGAUUGGUUUCUUGAGCAGUUAUGCUGUCUAGGAUCCAGAACAUUUUCUGCCUGUGGGUUUCUGAGCAAAAGCAGCUCCGAGUUCGUUUUCUGCCCUUGUAACCCUGCAGUGAAAAAUUGCAUUUUCAUAAAGCGCCUUUCAAAGAACUCGCUGCGCUUGGCGAUAAGCGGGAAGAGGGAGGGGGGACUCUCACUGAGGAGCCCCCACCCUCGGGUGUGAAGGUGUGGUACUGAACGCAGGGCCAGUCUUAUAUUUGGUGCUGUUCCUCUGACACCUUCGGGGACAGAGAACUAGAACCGUGCUCAAACCUGUGGUCAGGUUGUAGUCCACCUUCCACAGUGGCUUUAGUCAGUGCAUUUGAAUGGGACUGAAUGGGACGACACGCAUCUAGAUGAAAACUAUUAGAUCCUCACGUCACGUCAAUUUUUAGGUAUUUAUUGACAAGUUCAAAUUAACCUCACUCAGAAUCGCCAAAAACAUGCUUUGCCUUUUGAAAUGGAUUUGUUUUUUUAAACUACAUCGUUCCACCAUGGUGCUGCAUUUGUGAAUCACGGCACAUUUGUUUUUCAACCCUCGAAACGUACGUUUAAAGAUGAUGACGAUCGCCGCUAAUCCCCACCAUUAGUUUUCCUGCCAGCGUAAUGUUAUUCAGAGAGGUACAACUGCUUCAAGGCAUGGCUGGAUAUCCCCUGUGAAGCAUCUCACUACUACAACCCCUGCCCCCACCCCCCAAAGCACCCCCUUUUCCCCACACAGUUACACCCCAUAACUUCACCAUUCCAGAAAAUCGUAAGUAAGUGUGAAAGAAACUGGCACACCCUACGAAGGAGCUCGACUGCAGAACCAGCGUCACACCUGCUUCAAAUCGGGCAUCAUAUCUGUAGAUGUCUCGCCACCUCACGACUCAAGCAGGAUUGGCUUGGCAGGAUUUGAUUAAGAUGGGUACACUUCAGUAUCCACAAUAUUUCCAAAUACCUGAGAUAUGCGUAUGGCUUUGCUCUAAGUCCCAGCUCCUCAGACUGUAGGAAUUCCUCAUGUUGUCUUGUGUAAUUUUCACAUUUUCAUUCAGUGGUUCAAUUUUUCAAGGUUUUCCUCCAAGCAGCCCAGUCCUUUUUCCAUAAUUCAUAAAAAUGUUAUUUACACUGCUACUUUAUUCAUGUAGGCGAAGCACUGGAAGUAGAAGUAGUAGGCCUACCUAUGGUUGGAGACUGCAUUCAGUUUGACAAGAAAUAUUUUUUAAAUGGAAGCAAUCUCUGCCUUGAAAAAUCUCUACCUUAUUUAAUGCACAUAUUUUGUGUUAGAUUCUGGUUUGGGCAAGAUAAUUGGCAUUGAUAUAAGUAACAACAAAUGAUUUUCACCCCUAACACACCCUCCCUCUCUUUUGGUAUCCUGAGUUUGGUGGGCCAAUCAGCAGCAUCCUGUUGAACGAGAUCAGGUAUAAUAAUGAUGCUCAAUAUCUGAAUAUUUCAAAAACAGAAAUUCCUUUGUGAAGCAUCUAACCUGGGGAAAAGGAUCAACUUUACAAGCCUAGUUAUAAAGGACUUUCUAUAACUCAUAAGACACACAGUCACACCAACUGCCUAUCAAACUGUGUGCAACCUUAAAUAAACCACUGUUUUGUAGGUUCCCAAUCUUUUGCUUUUGUCCAGGCUGCAUUCUCAGCUGGGUGAUCUCCAUCAUACUGCACGCUUCGUAUUCCACUGCUCUCUUGCCGAAUUUUGCUUUGGUCCUACCGGAAACCGCACACAGAGCAUGGCUCUUUUUGACUUGCUUAUUGUAUAAUUUGAAUGGUUAGUUUUCAUUGGUUGUUAGUUGCCCUUCACGGUUUGUAUACCCGUCACUGAAUAUUAAUUUGUUAGGGUUUGACUCAUCUUGUGAGACGCGUGCAGACGCAAUUAUCAUAUCUCGUGGGAUGGGACGUACGUUUAAGGUGUUGAGUCCAGAUACGAUUUUGGCAUGCAUGCGCCGGAUUUUGUGGCAAGUUCACAAGAACACAAUGUGUUCAGUAGUCAGCGCAAAAAUAUCCCCUUCCUCGUGCACACUGGUGUUGUGCACUCUAACCAUUCCUAUCAAAACCUUUGAUUCUCCUGCAGAACGAAGAAAUGUUGGGUGCUUCUAAGAUUUAGGUCUUGCAAAUUGCUGAGAUGUAUAGACUUUUAAUCAUUUUUACGUAUGGCGGUUUUUCAGUGUGCCAGAGACGUCCUGUGAUAUGACUGAUGUGGUUUUUGUAAACCUGGGAUUCAAAUCUGGAAAUCCUGAAAAUGUCAGUAUAGGGAAGGACCAAGCAUUCUCCCUAAAGUGCAUAAGGGUUCUGGUGACUGUCUUUAUAUUUUAAAGAUUAAAUGGCCUGAGAUUAUUUUGAUUGUAUUUCCUUAAAACAUGCUACAGUAUUUUCAGUUGUUUAAAUUGUCAAUGUCAUUAAAAAAAAGGUUAUAAAUUUGGUAAAUCGCUUUUACAAUGUGUUCAUCAAAUAAAAUAAAUUGCAUGUUAUAAGUGCAAAGCAUUCAAAAAACUUCUGAUAUUUUUCAGUCAAAGUCCUGUUAAACCCUAAUAUACAGAUGUCCAUAUUAUUUGUAACAUUAAGAAUAUGUGUUGUUCUUUUUAUUAUCAUUUAAGUCUUGAACAUCAAUGUCGAUGAUCUAACAGAUGAUUUUAGUCUGAUGUGUGGAAAUAAAGCUAUAUUGAAAUAAG